AUGUGUAUUCCGUUCUGUGUUGUAAGAGGGCACUUGUGUUGUUUGACUAGACCGGAAGUGAAUAGAAGUUCUAAGGUUCAGAAAGGUUUAAGACUCUUUCCGGUCAAACCACGAUGGAAUAUUUCUCUGUCAGGUAUCUCUCGUGAUCAUUGGCAUAAGAGGCGAGCAACUGGUGGUAAAAGAAAACCAAUCCGUAAAAAAAGAAAAUUUGAAUUAGGGCGUCCAGCUGCAAACACAAAACUUGGAACUCAACGCAUUCAUACGGUACGUACAAGAGGUGGUAAUAAGAAGUACAGAGCUCUUCGCUUGGAUACAGGCAAUUUUUCAUGGGGCUCAGAAUGUACCACGAGGAAGACACGAAUUAUUGAUGUAGUGUAUAAUGCAUCAAACAAUGAGUUAGUGAGAACCAAAACUCUUGUAAAAAAUGCAAUUGUUACCAUUGAUGCAACGCCUUUCAGACAAUGGUAUGAAGGCCAUUAUGUUUUACCAUUGGGUCGCAAACGAGGUGCCAAAUUGACUGAAGCUGAAGAAGAAGUCUUGAAUAAAAAACGGUCAAAAAAAGCAGAAACUAAAUAUAAAGCAAGACAAAGAUUUGCCAAAGUUGAACCAGCUUUGGAAGAACAAUUUGCUACAGGACGAGUUCUUGCUUGUAUAUCUAGCAGACCUGGACAGUGCGGACGAGCAGAUGGUUAUAUGCUCGAAGGAAAAGAACUUGAAUUUUAUAUGAGAAAAAUUAAAAGCAAAAAAGCUAAAUAAAUAUGUAAGAUAAAAAAUAAAAUAAAAUGAUCUUGACAAAAAAAAAUUGAUUAUAACUUUACAAGUAACAAUAAAUAUCCAGUAUUUUAAAGUAUGUGGUUUGCAAAUAUUCCAAACAAUAAAAUAGUUGUAGUAAAUCAAUUGUAAAAUAAUUAUAAAUUUAACACAGUAUUUAAGUAAAUAUUUAAAUAUUUAACACAGAUAACGCAAACUUUUUACAAGCUAUUGUUAGUUAUAAAAAAAUUUUUGAUGUUUUUCUACAACAGUUCCAAAAUUAAUAUUUUAAUUUAAUGAUAAUUAAUAAUAACCUAGAUUCUUAUGUUGUAUAUUCCUAUGUGCUUAAAAUUGCUAUUUAUUUUGUUGAUUUUACGAGGCAAUAUUACAAAAUAUACAGUGGUGGAUUCGCAUUAAAUGAAAAAUUACUCACAUUUAAAGUUCGUGAAAUAAAAUACAAUAGUCUAAUUGAUUUUAUUUUAAAACGAGAAGUCUCUACUACAUCAAUCUUGAAUUCUUUUUUCCCAAGAUGUUUCUAAUCGUAUAGCAAAUGGAGAAACAAAGAUAUUUUCGUUGUCCAAAACUAUAAAAAUUUAAACACUUCUAGAAUCACUGAAGAAUUUUUUUUCUAACUAAACUAGAUCUACUAUAAUUUCGAAGAUCGACGUUCCUUCACAUCAAUCCCUUGAAACUUAUUAUACAAUUUCGACAUUUUAUUGAAUCUUGAACGUUGGAGUUAAAUGAAAUUCAAGAAAUUCUAAUAUUCUGCCAUUUAAUCAUAAUGUUCAAAGUUCAAUAAAACAGUGAGAAAAAGUUUUAAAAGAUCGUUGAAAAAAAAGACUUCAAUCUUCAAGAUUACUGUAGAUUCAGUUGUAAAAAAAGUUUGUUUACAUUUUCAGGAGCAUCCGAGUUUUUACAAUUUUUGAAGACAAAAGUAUUCUUGCUUCCUCACAAGAUUGAAAAAUAUUUUUGAAAAAAGUAACGUAAGGCUGUCAAAGUGAACUUUAUAUUUGUAAUGAUACCAACUGGAUUAUUGUACGAUUUUUUAUAAACUUAUAACAGUUUAAAAUUUAGAUCAAAUAUGCGAAUACUUUCAUCCAUUUCUGUAUGGGAGAAAUACGCUUGAUUCUAAAUAUCAAAACAUAUAAUGAUGAGAAAAGUUCAUAAAAAUGUUGUUUGAAAUUUAUUUUUCAAGCUAUAAAUGAUAGUACUUAAUGGUAAUGUCAUAAUAUCUCAAAAUCAAUAUCUCUACCUUGCAUUUAAGGACUUAUUUACUAAGGACGUAUUUACUUGCACUUAAAUAUGAAUACAUAUAUGUAUAUGUAUACAUAGGUAUUUUCAUUUCAAUAUUGAAUAUUUUUAAUUCCAAUAUUUAAUCAAUAUAGAAUAAAGAAGAAAGAAAGAAAGUAUCGAAUAAGACAAAUACUGGUAUGACAAUUCAUAAUAUAGUAACAUCUUCUAGUAAGUUGCAUGUUAUAUACAGCCCAUUCAAAAACUUUAGUUUGUACAUGCGUAUGUUUAAAGAAAACUUAUUAUACUUAUUAAUUUAAAUAAAUAAUUAAAUAUUUU